GUAAUCAAAAUGGUUGUUACGCUAAAGAAAGUUUUGAUCAGUGAUGAAGUGGAUGCGCGCUGCGCAGAAAUCCUACAAACUAAUGGAAUUGAAGUGGUAAAAAACACCAAACUGAGCAAAGAAGAAUUGAUAGCAGAAAUAGGGAAAUAUGAUGGGUUAAUCGUACGCUCAGCCACCAAAGUGACAGCAGAUGUAUUAGCAGCGGCCACAAACCUCAAAAUAAUUGGCCGUGCAGGGACGGGUGUGGACAACAUAGACUGUAACCUAGCAACCAAGAAAGGCAUCAUUGUCAUGAACACACCUGGAGGAAAUACGUUGAGUGCUGCUGAACACACGUGUGCCAUGAUCUGUUCACUGUCCAGAGAAAUCCCACAAGCGGUGGCAUCCGUGAAAGAUGGCCGAUGGGAACGUAAGAAGUUCAUGGGGUCAGAGUUGUACGGCAAAACGCUGGGCAUUAUCGGACUGGGCAGAAUAGGCAAGGAGGUUGCGAUUCGUAUGCAGUCCUUUGGCAUGACGACUAUAGGUUUUGAUCCCAUCAUACCUGCUGAAGUGAGUGUCGAAUUCAAUGUGGAGUGGCUUCCCCUUGACCAGAUCUGGCCGCGUGCGGACUACAUCACAGUACAUACGCCGCUCAUUCCGGCCACAACCAACUUAAUCAAUGAGAAGGUGUUUGCUGCCUGUAAGAAAGGCGUACGCGUGAUCAAUGUUGCCAGGGGCGGGAUCAUUGAUGAGGUGGCAUUGCUGAAGGCGCUAGAAUCGCGUCAGUGUGGAGGCGCAGGGCUGGAUGUUUACGUGGAAGAACCUCUGAAGGACUUCUCCUUGGUCCAGCACCCGAAAGUCAUCUGCACACCUCACCUGGGAGCGAACACAGUGGAGGCUCAGAGUCGGGUUGCCAUGGAAAUAGCUGAGCAGUUUGUUGAUCUGGUUCAGGGAAAGAGUCUCUUUGGUGCUAUCAAUGCCCAGGCACUGUCAAAUGCUCUCAGUCCAACCAGCCAGCCAAUCAUUAGCUUAGGGGAUGGGCUAGGUCGCCUAGCAGGUGCUCUGGGAGGCGUGGUCACCGAGCCCACCACGGUGACAGUGCAAACUUAUGGAUCAUCAUUAAGAGGUACUGGGGCGUACCUGGGGGCAGCCGUCCUGGCCGGGAUCCUGAAGACUGUGAGGUCAGGUAACCAUCUAAACUUGAUCAGCGCACCUGUCAUCGCUAAGGAGCUGGGAUACCAGUUGAAGACCAGUCAUGAGGACAGUCCACAAAACGGCUACCCUGCCUUGGUUACUGUAACUCUCCAGUCGGGAUCAGCAUCCCCCAUCACUGUCAGCGGGACCUCAUCAGGUGCAAGUGCACUGCUAGUUGCCAUUGGGGACGCUACCUUGCCAUCUCCUUUUAGCCUUCAGGGGGACGUCAUUGCUUUCAGAAGUCAGGCUAACCCUCAGAUCCUCUCUGCAGUGUCAGGUGCUCUUGCUGGAGCCAACUCUUCGCUGUUGUCGUAUGGCGCCUCAGUGCCGGUGAAAGGUCAGAUGUGGGGCUUCGCUCGUGUCACGCCACCUGUUGGUGACCUUAGUGUCCUAAAGUUACACACAGACUUCUCCGUCCAGCUGGCGAUGUAGUGCUCAUCGAGAGGGAGUGCACUAAUUGUGCACAUUCAAGGGGAAUAACUCUGAUAGCAUACCGCUUCGAUCAUACCUGUACACAGACACUCAAAUUGGUUAAUUCAAAGUAUUUAGCAGUUAUUCAUGGUUUGUUGGGGGG